AUGCCACCAUUCCCAGUCUCCGAGUUGCUCGUCAUGUCUUGGAGCGCGGGCAGUCCCCGCGACUCCUCCCUCUUCACCUCAUGGGGUGUCCUCUACCGCUUUGAGACCGCUCUAGAGAGGAAAAAGACCGUAACCACCAUCUGGAGAGCCAUCAGUGAGACCAAACAAGAGCGUGUAGCGCGUUUCGAGUGGAAUGCGGAUGGCGAUCUGGGUCGUGCACUCAUCGGACGAUCCUCCAUCCCUAUGGCAGAUCUCGUUCGUCGAAACGGGGAUCACAGAUGUUGGACUGGACCCGACGGUUAUGAAUACACGUGGACUCAAUCGACUACAACUCCUGGGGAAAUACUAUUGUAUGAUCCUAAUGGCAUCGUCAUCGCUCUCUAUCGAAAGGUCCCCCCGAGAAGGUGGGACAUCGGCGAAGUCGUCACAACCGAUGGCGAAUUGCAUUUCUUCAGCAAUGCUGGCAGUCGGACUGUCACCCACCCUCCGAUGAUGGAUCUCGUUGUCCUGUCUAUCAUGCUUCAUCGCAUGGUCAUUCGAUGA